UGUGAAAUUGUGGAUUUGGAUUUAUUGAAAUAAAAUAAAAUAAUAGCUAGUGAAGUGUAACUAAAAAUAAGAAAUUGAGUACAGUAAGUACUUUAAAUCGUUGGCCACUACAGACAUGGCUACAGAUACAGAGGAAGAUCCGGAAAUUUUACAAAAUUUCACUGAAGUUUUAGAUGGACUUGCGGAAGAACUCAAAAAGUUAUUUGAGUACCGAGAUUUGUUCUUUGAGAACAACCCAAUUGAGUUAGCUCCAGAUAAAAAUAAGCUUGUUGAUGACAAGAAAGAAGUCCUAAUCGAAAAAUUUGAAAGCAUAGAUGACAGCCAAAUCCCGUUCUCCCUCCGUGCCAGGUUCCUGUACAUGAAAGGCCGGUGCUACAACAUAAGCACCAGCUAUGACGCCCGAGCUACCCAGUGCCUCAGUAAAGCGGUGAAGCUCAGUCCGCAAAUGGUGGACGCGUGGAAUGAGCUCGGAGAGUGUUAUUGGAAAAAUAUGAAUGUGAAGGAGGCGAAGGCUAGCUUUGAGGGGGCUUUGAAACAUGAACGCAACCGCCUCUCCCUCCGCUGUCUCUCCAUAAUCCUCCGCCAGGAAACCGGAGACAAGCGGGAAGACACCGCAUCCACCAUCGCCCGGAGUGUAGAGCUCGCUAGAGAAGCUGUGUCUCUCGACACUAAGGAUGGAGUGUCAUGGAUAGUGCUAGGGAAUGCUUACUUGUGUCAAUUCUUCCUCGGAGCACAAGAUCCGGCUAAGUUGAAAUUGUGUAUGAGUGCAUAUAAGCAAGCGCUGAAUGACCCAGUGGCUAAAGGACAGCCUGAUUUGUAUUAUAAUAAGGGGAUUGCAUUAAAAUUCGAAGAGUACUACUCCGAAGCGCUGUCAGACUUCGACUACGCUUGCCGCCUGGAUCCGCCUUGGGAGCUGCCUCGGCAGGAGCUAGCUAGACUUAAGCAAUACUUGACAGCUGCCGAUGACCUGGCUAGGACGAGAGGCAGGAUCAAAACUAAAAGGCUGCAACAAAUGGUACAGUCCAUAGACAAGAAGAUGCUAGGCGUGUACGCGACGGCGACCAUAGACAACAACGGCAAACCGGAGCCCGCCUUCCACCACGUCACUUUCGACCGGCUGGCCGACGGCAAGAACGCGGGCAAAGUCGUGCUCGGCAAAGUUGUGGGCUCGAUACAUAAUGAGAACGCUGUGCCUUUCACAUUCGCGUUAGUUGACGCUUCGAUGGAGUGCGUUCUUGUGACCGUCUAUAACUGGGCGGACGGGCGGGGAGCCAUCAUAGGCGAUUCCGUGGCUAUUCCUGAGCCGAAACUGACCACGCACAAACUGGAUGGACCCUUAGCCAAGUACGGUUUCAAGUCCAUCCGGGUCAACAACCCUACGCUGCUCCGCGUGAAUGGAAAACGCGUCGGUAUGGACCAAUUCGCGUCCACUAAGGUCACAAGUACUUACGAGGUGCACUGACAAACCUAAUACAGGUACUAACACUAUUAAUAGAACCAUAGAUUAAAUAUAAGACAAAAAUCAUACCAUCCCAUACAUUAAAAUGCGACUGUCUAAGAACGCGCAUACACUACACCA